AUGCCCAGGCACAAUAAUUCCAUCAUGACUGCAUUUCUCCUCGAGGGUUUAACACACCAGCCAGAACUCCAGAUGCCCCUCUUCUUUCUGUUUCUAGGAAUAUACAUGAUCACUGUGGUGGGGAACCUGAGUAUGAUCCUCUUGAUCACCUUGGAUUCCAAGCUACAGUCUCCCAUGUAUUUUUUUCUUGGUAAUUUGUCAUUCUUAGAUCUCUUUUAUUCCUCAGUUGUUACCCCAAAACUUCUGGAAAACUUUAUACAGGAGCAAAAUCUUAUAUCGUAUUCAGGAUGUAUGACACAGCUCUUUUUCUUUUGCGUUUUUGCUAUUGGUGAGAGUUACAUGCUGGCAGCCAUGGCAUACGACAGAUAUGCAGCUAUCUGCAAUCCAUUGCUCUACAAUGUCACCAUGUCCUGGAACAUAAAUAUUUUGCUGGUGGUUGGGGUUUAUAGCAUGUCAGGCUUUGGAGCUGUGGUUCAUACUACAUGUAUGAUCAAGCUUUCCUUCUGUGAGAACAAUGUCAUUCACCAUUACUUUUGUGACAUACUUCCUCUCUUAAAACUGUCGUGCUCUAGCACUCACCUCAAUGAACUUUUUGUGCUUCUUGUUGGAGGAUUCAAUGUAUUGGCAACAACUGUGCCCAUCAUCAUCUCCUAUGCCUUCAUACUCUCCAACAUUCUUCAAAUAACCUCAUCUGAGGGAAGGUCCAAAGCCUUUGGUACCUGCGGCUCUCAUGUUACAGCAGUUGGGAUUCUCUAUGGAUCCGUAGCAUUCAUGUAUUUCAAGCCAACAUCUAGCAGCAGCAUGGUCCAGGAGAAAUUGGCUUCUGUGUUCUAUACCACAGUGAUCCCCAUGCUGAACCCCUUGAUCUACAGCUUAAGGAACAAUGAUGUAAAGGAGGUGUUGAGAAAUUUCAUGAGGAAGAGGCUUGGUCCAGAGUUGCCAUGA